AUGGCGAUGAUGACUGGCCGUGUGCCGCUGGUGUGUGCCCUCUGCGUGCUGUGGUGCGGUGUCUGCUGUGGUGAACCAUCUGAACCACCUUCUUCAGCUUCAGCUUCUCCGGGUACUACGCCCGAAAAGAAACCUCAAAAUCAAGAAGAGGUCGUUGGUGGCGCUGCAGGAGAUGACCAAAGCGGUCAACCGGAAUCGCCAAAAGAAACACCAUCACCAACGCGGUCAGAAUUACCGGCAGGUGGACCGAGGCCGCCACAGGCACAACAAUCCGGAGGAGAAGCAUCAGUAACGUCAAGCACAACGACGGACAGCAAGGUUCAAAAACAAGAAGAAAAGAAGGAGCAAAAGAAUGAAGAAGCUAAGGAUGAAGACGAAGACGAAGACGACGAAGAAGAAGAGGAAAAGGAAGAGGAAGAGGAAGAUGAAGAGGAUGAAGACGAAGUGGAGGAGACAGGGAAAGAAGAAGCUGCUACCGGCACCACAGAGGGGACCUCAGCAGGCACUGAAGAGCAGCCAAGUUUAUCUUCUGGUGCGGAGGGAGCAUCGAAUAUAACAAAUCCCAACAGCACACCAACAACUGGAGACGAUGAUCCAGCAGCUGAUGGUGCAGGGACGGCAGAAGAAAAACAAAAUGAAAAUAAAGAAACCAAUCCGAAAGAAACACCAGUGACGGCCGCAGCCAUGAAAACUACGACGGCGACGACUGGCGACAGUGACGGCAGCACCGCGGUCUCCCACACCACCUCCCCUCUUUUGCUUCUUCUUGUUUUUGCUUGUGCAGCUGCGGCUGCGGUGGUGGCCGCGUGA